AUAUAAACCCCCAAAACCUAAACCCUUUCCCACGCCCCAAAAACUGGAAGGCUGAAAGCCAGGAAAUACACGAAUUCCAAGCUCAGAGCCUUUUGGCUUUCUUCCCUUCCGUUUCGAGCUAAGUAAUCCGAAACCCUUUCUGGUUCUUAUGUUUAUUUGCCCUAACUGAGAACCCUAAUUUCACGAAUUCACGUCCUGUCGGAAUCUGGGAUACAGAAUGUCGCCUCCGGUGACUGCUCCACACCCCGCUUUUGAAAUCCCUAAUCACGAUUGCCAUUCCACGCAGAAUGGGAAGUUUUGCGGAAGUUUUAAUUUUUCUGCAGGUUCAACUGAUGCGGCUGGAUUUGAUUACUUGAAAUUCGGUGCAGGAAAAUCAAAUCUUUCAAGUCGGUCCAGGCCGAGGCUAACGAAGAUAAGGAGGAAGCAGAUGGUGGCUUCUCAAGAUGGGAAGUCCAUCAAAACUGAUUUGGGAUUAAAUGGGUUAACUGAUGCUAGUGAGAUUAAGUUAGAUGGUAGAUUGGGGAAUCUGUUUGCGGGUAAUAAUGAACAUUCAGGGUCAAAUGGGAGUGCAACGAGUAGAGAUUUAAAUGGAAAUAUGGAGCACCUUGGAAAUGGAUUAAGUUUUGGUGUUGGUACGAAUGAUUCUUUAUCUAGUAUGGGCUUGGGAAAUGGAAAAUCCUUGUUUGGUUAUAGCAUGAAUAGCUCGACAAGUAAUUUGCAGUCCAAAGAGGGUGAUUUUUGGUUUGCUUCUGAUGGAUGCCGCUCUAAUUUGGAUGCACAGAAGGAAGCUGGGAGUUUCGUGUUUGGAGCUUGUAAGGCCUCUACAACAAAUUCUGGUCCAAAUAAGAGUGGGUUGCCAAUGGAUGCAAACUUUGGUAGUGGGCAGUUUGCCUUUGGUGUUAAUGACAGCAGUGAGUUUGGGUCGAAUUCAAAUUUGAGGGUGGAAGAGUCCAGAGAGAAUUUGUGGCCACCAAAACUUCAUGAAUACCAGAAAUCAGAUAAUGUUAAAUUUGUUUUUGGUUCAGACAAGUAUGAAUCUGCUUCAAGUGUGAAGUUAGACCAAAAAGAUUCGAAUCAAUCUGGUUUGCAUUUUCAUGAGUUUGACAAAAUUAAUGGUAAAAAUUUUGUAUUUGGUGCUAGUAAGAAUGCAUCUGCUGCAAUUAAUACUGAUCAACAUAAACGAGGCUGUGACAAAAAUAUGGGCAAGAGUGAAUCCGGUAGAGAUGUUGGAAACACAGUACCUGAUAUGAGGGGUAAGGUUAAAUUGGACACUUCUGGAGAUUUUGAGAAGGGCUUUCAUCCUUGCUUCCAGUUCCCAUGUAAUUGGAGUGAUAGCAAUAGCCAAAACUUUGUGUUUGGUCCAAAUAAUAGUCAUUUUAAGUUAGGUGUAGAUAUGGCAAAUAACCCCACAGGUAACAUCAGGGAUAUGCCUCGUUUUACAAACAGCAGUAAAGCAAGUGCAGAUAUUCAGAUUCAGUUUCAGAAUGCUUGUCUCAAUGGUGCUUUUGUUUUUGGUGGAUUGAAAGGCAAGGGGGGUUUAAAUUCUGGCGGAAGGGCUAAUCUUGCUAAUGAUAUGAAUCAAUUGAACAAAGCGAAGGCUAAAGAUUGCAAUGAUUUUGGACAGGAUAACCGUGAUACUGGCUCUGAUAUUAACACUAAAUUUCAAAAUAGUAGUAUUUCAGGUGCCUCUUUUGAGAAAGACCGGGCAUUUAGUUUGUCAGAUGAGAUGAGGAGAUUGAACAUCCAUGGUUCUGAAGUAGAUGCAGACAAGACUGCAAAUUUAUCUAGUAACUUUUCGGUGGAUACUAAGAAUGUCUUUGUGUUUGGAAGAGACCAGAAAUCUAGUUUUAUAAAGGAGAAUUCUCCAAUAAAGAUGAGUGAAAAGACUCCAGAUCUGAGUCAUUUGUCACACAGUUACUCUGAAUCAAACAUAACCUCUUCAUCUUUCUUCUCAUCUGUUGGAAUAGGCAUCCAGCUACAGGAUGGUUUCUGUGAGGUACCAUCUACGACUAAAGAUGAGAAAGGUAGCAUCGGCUUUACAGGCAAACUGGCUGGAUUAGUCUCAUCAGAUGCAGGUUAUACCACACCAAAUGUGACAUUUGCCUUUCCAAAUUACAACUUAUUUCCUGGUGUAGACAAAAAAUUGGAUAAUGCAACUAUUAAAUCACUGGGGAGCAAAAGAUCAAAGAAGAGAAAUGGAAAGUUAAGACAGAAAACCAUGGUCCAAAAGUUGUUUUGCCAGGAUAGUCCCUCUAAAGAAGGCAGUUCCCAGCUGAAUCAGAACUCUCCUGGUUGUGGUUCACCCAUGGAUUUUUCACCUUAUCAAGAUACUACUGCUGAUGCACCAGAUGCAGACAAUGGAACUGGUUUAAAAGCAGAAUUUGCUGCAAAUGAGAAUGAUAUUCCGGAGCACUGUGAAAAGGCUCAUGAUGAUAAGAGCCAUUCAAAUUUAUCCCCAUUAACUGGACAAGAUGGCCUGUCAGCAGUAAGACGUCAAUACAAGAAAAAGUACAAGUUGAAAAGUGGUCCCAAUCACAGCGUUCGAGACAAUAAUAAUUCUGACAAAGAAAAUGCUAAGCUAGACCCAAAAGGAGCUGCCACUCAUGAAGUCUGCGAGCAUUGGCGAAUAAGGGGAAAUCAGGCUUAUCAUGCUGGGAAACUUUCUAAAGCUGAGGAAUUUUAUUCUAUGGGCAUCAGUUCUUUCCCACAUGUCAGUACUGUGGGAUACACCAUGAAACCACUUUUACUCUGCUACAGCAACCGUGCUGCAACACGAAUGUCACUUGGGAGGAUGAGGGAAGCGAUAGGAGAUUGUACAAAAGCUGCUGAACUAGACCCAAACUUUCUGAAAGUUGCAUUAAGGGCUGGAAAUUGUUAUCUGGUGUUGGGAGAAGUUGAAGAUGCGAUUGAAUGUUACACUAAAUGCUUGAGUUUGGGGAUUGGUGUCUGCUUAGAUAGGAGAGUUACAAUUGAAGCUGCUGAUGGCGUGCAAAAGGCAAAGAGAGUUGCUGAGUACAUGCAUCAGGCUGCCGAACUCUUGCAAGAAGGAACUGAGGAUGCUGCAACUGGUGCUCUAGCAAACAUUGCAGAGGCAUUGUCAAUCAGUCGUUACUCAGAGAGAUUACUCGAGAUGAAAGGACAGGCUCUAUGCAUUUUGCGGAGGUAUGAUGAAGUGAUUCAACUUUGUGACCAAACUCUUGAUAUAGCCAAAAAGAACUUUGGUACUGAUAAUUUGGAUGAUUCAAGCUGCAAAAGUUCUCAUGUAAAGUUGUGGAGGUGGAGACUGCAGACCAAGUCCCACUAUCAUAUGGGAAAGCUUGACUUGGCUCUUGAUUUGAUUGAGAAACAAGAAAAAUUGCCUAUCAGCUCCAAGUUCGGAGAUGUGACAGAGGAAACCACAAUUUCAUUAGCUGCCACCAUACGUGAACUUUUAUUCUUGAAGAAAUCAGGAAAUGAAGCCUUCAAUUCUGGAAGAUAUACAGAAGCUAUAGAGAAUUAUACAGCUGCUAUAUCAAAAAGUUUUGAGUCACGGCCUUUUAUGGCUAUCUGCUUCUGCAACCGUGCUGCUGCAUACCAGUCAGUCAGCCAAAUUAUUGAUGCCAUUGCAGAUUGUAGUCUGGCCAUUGCUCUGGAUGAAAAUUACCAAAAGGCAAUCUCCAGAAGAGCUACUUUACAUGAGAUGAUUAGAGAUUAUAAACAAGCAGUUUAUGAUCUUCAGAGAAUGAUUUCUCUUCUUGAAAGCCAAUCACAAACCAAUGGUCAAGAAUAUAACUCCCAGAGUAGAUCAGGUGGAGGCAGUGUGAGGGAUUUAAGAAAAGCUCGUCGUCGUCUUUCCUUAAUUGAAGAGAAGGCUAAAAAGGAAACCCCUCUGGAUCUUUACCUCAUUUUGGGAGUCAAAGCAUCUGAUGCUGAAUCUGAGAUUAAGAAGGCAUAUCGAAAGGCAGCUCUGAGGCAUCAUCCAGACAAGGCUGGUCAGGUCUUGGUAAGGAGUGAUAUUGGAGAUGAUGGAGCAUUGUGGAAGGAAGUUGGUGAGAAAAUCCACAAGGAUGCUGACAGGUUAUUCAAAAUAAUUGGCGAGGCAUAUGCUGUGCUUUCUGAUCCCUCCAAGCGGUCAAAGUAUGAUACCGAAGAGGAGAUGAGGAAUAUUUUCAGGGACAGCAACAGAAACAGUAAUUCUGGACAUCCGUCUACUUCUUACAGUUCUCCAUAUGAAAGAGGAAGUUGGUCCGGAAGACAAGCAGGUUUUAGCACUCCAUUUGAAAGAAACAGUAGUAGACGGUACUGGAAUGACUCAAGAUCUUACAGUAACUUUCACUCACGAUGGUAGAAGGCAACUAAAGUUGUCGACAACGAGUUGAUACUAGGAAGAUGUUUAGGUUGUUCAUGCCGGAGGGCAGCCUAUCUAGAUACAAUGAGCAGGAAAGAUGGUGCUUCACUGGAAAAAUCAAGACACGCAGGAAGUAAGUUUUCUGUAUGAAGAUAUUUGUUUUCUGCUAAAAGGACUUUCCCGAUGAGGUUUGGUGCACGGAUUAAGGCUGGGCCUAGUGAAGCGCUUGAAAGCCGCUGAAAUUUUGUUCUUUUUCUUUUUAUUUUUGAACUUGGAGUGUAUGAUGUAAUUGAUAAUUUUGGUAUAGGAAAUUGUUUAUGUAGAUAGAUACAAAUUUUGGGAUAGGUUGUCAUCAUUCUUUUUGUACAAAUAAAGGUCGAAUUUUAGCAGCGUCCGUCACGAAAUAAGAUUUCACUUUGUUGAGUUUUGCUUGUCCAACAAAGAAUGGAGAGGAACAUCUUGAGAA